AUGUCGACGAAAGGAAAGGCUCCUGAAGCCGAGCUCAUCGCACGCACGCUCGAGUUCAAAGGCGGCAAGGUCGCACGCAAUCGUCUUGCCAAAGCACCAUUGGAAGAGACGCUCUCUCGUACAGGAGGUGGACCUCCCAACCAUGCCCACUACGAGCUCUAUCGAGCCUGGGCGCGAGGCGGCUGGGGUCUCAUCAUCACCGGCAACAUUGCCAUUGAUCCGCUCCAUCUCGGUACGCCGUGGGACAUCACCAUUCCCUACGACGAGAGGAACCUCACCUUCUUCAAGACGGCGAUGAAGCGCUACGCCGAUGCAUGCACCGGUCGUGAUCAGCCUGACAUGGUGGACCCGAAGUCACGACCUCUCGCGGUGGUGCAGCUGGUUCAUGCCGGUCGACAGUCGAUGCGUGGCUCUGGGCGUGGAAUCACCAAGCCUGCGCUUGCCCCUUCGGCGGUACCCAUGAGCACCAUGGGUGGUCUCGGCCCCGUCGGUCGAUUCAUGGACCAUCUCCUCUGGGGCUCCGUAGCAGCCAUGACGCUGGAACAAGUCCACGAGCUCCGCGAUCGCUUCGUCCAGGCUGCGCUCAUCUGCGCCGAAGCCGGCUUUGACGGUGUCGAACUCCACGGCUCGCACGGCUACCAGCUCGCUGCCUUCCUCAGCCCGCGCACCAACCUUCGCACCGACGACUACGGUGGUUCUCCCGAGAACCGUGCUCGUCUUUUGUUGGAAAUCGUCGACCUCAUCCGCACGCAGGUUGCACCGGACUUCCUCAUCGGUGUCAAACUCAACAGCUCCGACUACGUCCAGGGCGGUCUUACCGAAGACGACGCGCUGCUCAACGUCAAGUGGCUCGCCGAGACCGAUCAGGUCGACUUUGUCGAGAUAAGUGGUGGCAACUACGAGAACCCUUCAUUCGUCAUGGAAGGCUUUGAUUCCGAAGCUGAAAAGGCCAAGCUGGAAAAGCUUUCGUCCAAGAAGAACGCUGCGGAUGGCAAAAGGGAUGCUAAAGCGACGGGGACGGGUGCUGCGACUGUGCAAGGAAGUGGUGCCGAUCCGAACGCAAAGACCACGGAGAGGACGGGAAAGCGCGAGGCGUUCUUCCAGAACUUUGCCCGUCGGUGUCGAUCGACGCUACCGGAGGGUUCGCGGUUGAAGAUCAUCUUGACAGGUGGACUGCGUUCGAGGCACGGAAUUGCAUCGGCGAUCAACCCGGACGACGGUGCUGCGGAUAUGGCUUGCCUCGGUAGACCAGCCGCCGUCUUCCCCGCUCUACCCCUCCGACUCACGGAUACGUCCAUCGACGACGCAUCCCCCGAAGCAGGCACACCCGAAUUCAAGGUUCCCGCAGUGACAAGUCUCGCUCUCGUACCCAUCAAAAUCGUCGGUGCCGGCUGGGGAACCCUCUGGCACACAUUCCACAUGGCCCAGACCGUACUCGGCAAGAGCGACAACCUCGACAAAUCCACCUACGCCCUCAUCAAGGAUUACACCAAAACAGGUGCGACACAGACCGGGUUCAAGGAACCCAAUGACGAUCUGUUCAUGCUGCUCGUCAUGGUGGCCAUUCCGAUGGUGGCGUGCAUCGGUGUGUUUACUUUCGGGUCGAGGUCAUAG